ACCAAGUUUUCAGCCUAUAGCACCAUUUCAGCUUAUGACCAACAAUACCUUCUGCUUCCUGGAAAUAUCUUUCUUUUCUUUUUUUUGGGUCUCCUGGAAAUUUCCCUGUUGACUUCAAUUUGAACAAAGGCUCAAUAUACUCAGACUCAUUUUUCUGUUGUGUCCAUCGAAUUCCCAGGAUAAGCAAACUCGCCAAAUCAACUUCAAGUCUUCAACUUUAGAUUUGAUUUAGCCUCUCCCACCAAGCAAUGGCUGCUUCUGCUUCUUCUUCCCAAGUGAAACAUGAUGUUUUCAUCAGCUUUAGAGGUUCAGACAUCAGAUCUGGUUUUCUCAGCCAUUUGAAAAAGGAGCUGCGUCGAAAGCAGGUAGACGUCUAUGUGGAUGACAGGCUGGAGAGAGGAGAUGAAAUAUCAUCUGCACUUGACGAAGCCAUAGAAGGAUCAAUGAUUGCAUUAGUGAUAUUCUCUAAAGAAUAUGCUUCUUCAAAGUGGUGCUUGCAAGAGCUUGUCAAGAUAAUGGAACGCAAGGAAACGAGUCAACAAAUUGUGAUUCCAAUUUUUUACUACGUACCUCCAACAGAUGUCAGGAAUCAAACAGGCGCUUAUGCAGAAUCAUUUAAUGAUCACGAACAGAGGUUCAAGGAUAACAUGGACAAGUUGAAAAUUUGGAGAUCUGUCUUGACGAAAACCGCAAACUUAUCUGGUCAUGACUCACCAAAUUUUCAAGACGAAUCCGAGCUCAUUGAUGCAAUAGUCAUGGAUGUCCUAAAAAAGUUGAAAGUUGACAACCAUUCUGUGCCUACAUCCCAACUUGUUGGAUCGCAUGAAAAUCUCGGUAGUGUUGAAUCAUUGAUGGAAAUUAAUGAGUCACAAGAAGUUCGAUUUAUUGGAAUUUGGGGAAUGGGAGGGAUAGGCAAAACAACCCUUGCCCGAGAGAUAUAUAACAGAUUCUCGUCUGAAUUUGGAAGUCAUUGCUUCUUGGACAAAGUGAGAGAAGAAUCAACAGGGAUUACUAGUCUGUAUGGAAAACUUCUUUAUGAGCUAUUUGGUGAAAAGGAUCUCCACAAAAAUAUGAAUGAUGCAAAGAGAAGGCUGCAACGAGUAAAAGCCUUAAUUGUGCUUGACGAUGUGGACAAUCCAAGUCAACUAAAAGGAGCCGGGCAAAUACUUAUUAAUUUGGGAUUGGGCAGCAGAGUCAUUGUAACAAGUAGAGACAAGCAUGUUCUUAGGAGUGGACGGAUUGAUGAAAAAUAUAUACAUGAAGUUAAGGGAUUGAAAUUUGAUGAAUCACUUGAACUUUUUAGUUCACAUGCUUUUGAUCAAAGUUAUCCCAAAGUAGGAUAUGAAGAGCUAUCAAAAAUGAUAGUUCAUAAUUUAGCUAAAGGCAAUCCUUUGGCUUUAGAAGUUUUGGGUUCUCAUUUUCAUUCUAGAGAUGAAGUAUAUUGGAAGAGUGAGCUUGACAAACUCAAAACUUGCCCCCAUAGAGGAAUUCAAGAUAUAUUGAGGGUUAGUUAUGAUGGAUUAGAUGACAUGGAUAAGGAAAUAUUUUUAGACAUUGCAUUUUUUUUUGUGGGAGAAAAAAAGAUAGCAUUACUCAGGUGCUAGAAGCUUGUGAUUUCAAAGCAGUUAGUGGAAUCCAAAAUCUCAUGGAUAAAGCUAUCAUAAAAACAAAUCAAUGUGGUGGAAUCAUAAUGCAUGAUUUGAUACUUGAAAUGGGUGAACAAAUAGUUCGUGAGGAAUGCAAAGAUCCUAGACUACGUAGCCGAUUGAAAGAUGCAAAUGAGAUUUAUUGUGUAUUGAAAAGUAACAUGGAAACUGAUAAAAUUGAAGGCAUCUUAUUGGAUUUGGAUGCAAUCAAAUAUUUACGAUUGCACCCAGACACCUUCACAAAGAUGAAAAAUUUAAGAUUUCUCAAAGUUUUUCAUUCUAGAUUAUGGAGGCUCAAGACAUGGCGGAUGGAUAACAUUGAUGCGACAUGUAAUAUAGAGCUUCCUUUGGAUCUUGGCCUUUUCCCUAAUCAAUUAAGGUAUUUUUAUAGGAUGGAUAUCCAUUGGAGUCUUUGCCAUUAGAAGGCUAUUGUUUUGAGAACCUUGUCGAACUAUGCAUGAUAGAAAGCAAUAUUAAAAAGCUCUGGGAUGGAGUGCAGGAUCUUGUGAAUUUGAAGAUAUUAGAUUUGUGUGAGUCCAAACAAUUGACGGAGCUGCCUGAUUUUUCUAGGGCACAUAAUCUUGAAGUUGUAGUUCUCUACGAAUGUCUAAGUUUACGUAGUGUUCAUCCAUCCAUUUUAUCUCUCCACUCUCUUGAACAAUUGGAUGUCUCUCAUUGCGGGAAAUUAGAGAGUCUUGAAAGUGAGACUCAUUUAGAAUCUCUCUCUGAGCUUAAUGUUGAAGGUUGUGUGAGCCUUAAGAAAUUCUGUUUGUCAUCAGAAAAAUUGGAUAGCAUAGAUUUAGAAGAUUGCGUGAAAGUCGAAAAAUUGCAAGUGCUGCCAAUGGGAGGUUUCACGAAACUCAGAAGGCUUGUUAUUGAAGAUGGUGAAAGAUUAAGGAGCCUUCCAAUAAGAGAGCUAUGUGGCUUGACAAAUCUUGAGGAAUUUAAAAUUAGGAAUUUCCAGCAGGAAAUUAACACAGGGGAGAUGCGCUCCCUUUUUGAUGCUUGGCACAAUUUAAAAGAACUACAUUUGGAUAGUUGGAGUAAAUUGUCGGAAAUCCCUGACAAUAUCAAGGCCUUAUCAAGCUUGAAACACAUUUUCUUGACAAACUGCCAGGGGCUUAAGUCUAUACUUGGACUUCCUCCCUCCCUUCAAGAAUUAGAUGCCAGAGAUUGCACUUCAUUGGAGAUUGUAUUCUCCGACUCUCUAGUUCGGAAUUGGUGCCAAUUUGAUUUCAAAAAUUGCAUAAAGUUGAAAGAGGAUUCGAUUCACUUUAUUGGGGAACUACUAACUCAUUUCUCUUUGACUUCAACAUGUAAGGAUGGUUUGUCAUAUGGUGCUGGAGCUCGUUACCCAGGAAGCAGAGUUCCAAAGUGGAUUGCAUAUAAACAAAUCACAGAGCCUUCUAAUGCUAUCGAAUUCACUUGUAAUCUUGAACGAUCACCCCGAUUAUUGUUCUGUUGUGUUGUUCCUCAUCAUCUCUCAUAUAGAGAUGACUUUUUCUGUGAUUUUUCUUAUGAUGAUAAGAACAAAUUCCACAGGACAUCUUAUUUUAGUUGGGAUAACGAAGACUUUUAUCCUGAAGAAAUGAAUUCGGAUCAUGUUGUUCUAUGGCACAUGAGAGGGUGUUCAUUUGGUGCUGAAAAAGGUGAUGAUGCCAAUAGUUCAUGUAAAUUCUAUAUGGAAUGUUGGAAUGAUGAUCGUCGUUGUUUAGAGGAAGUUCCGAUUAAAGCAUGUGGAGUGCACGUAACAUAUAUGUUAGAGUCGGACUCGACUGAAGAAAGAGUCCCUCCAACAAAGAAACAGAAAACUUUCAGGUAUCUUCCGACCAGCCAACUGAAUCCAACAAAUCAAUUUCAAGAUGACAUCAUCUGUCAUCCCUUGCAACUGAAAUUUAUACGCAAGAGCAAACAAAAGCGCCUCCCAUACAUACAGUUUCUUUGAUAUAUCUUUACAGCAAUGCAUUGCUGUCAACUUCCUUGAAUCCUUGUUUGUUGAUCAAUUUGUGUGGCUUGGCAUAUCUUCUUGCAUCUACCUGUUUGUACAAUGCAGUUGCUUCGCGUUCGAAGAGCAAGCCCAAAAUACAGUAGUGAAGAGUCUCUCUGUUGAUGAUCAUUGAAGUGUCUUUGACAUGUGAAUCAUAUGUAGCAGUAGCACCAUUAUUGUGACAUUUUUAUGUUUAAUUUCCUUAUAGUAGAAACAUCAUCGUCACUUUUACUUAACUAGCCAUUGGCUGUGUGUGAGCAUUGUAUAGUAGUUUUAUAUGGAACAAACCAGUAUUUCAUUCAUUUAUUUUUAUAUCAUAGCAGUACAUAACUCUAUCAUGUAUACAUACAAGGGCCUUGAAUCUGACGCACAAGUUGCCAACAAAGGAGUUGAAGGUGCAUUUUCUUGCUCCCUAAAUUGGUCCAAAAUUGCACUCCUAGUUACUGUUGAUGUCUUCCUCUCUAGUUAGGCUCUUCAUGUAUCCAUUUGAGGUUGUCUAGGUUAGAAUGAGCCCAUUUACUUGUGCAUAUCAUAUCAGUGUUUUGGUCCUUUCAAUAUUGUAGAUAUGGACUCCUAAUGGAUCAUUUAGCCUUUUGAUU